CACUGCGGGACAUUGAUAGCGCGCACGUGGGACCAGCUCCGCGUGCUUGUUCCCAUCUCAUUCAUCUCGGCAUUAUCUACACACCUCGCAUACCUGCCGAUAAUGGAUCCCGACGGUCCACGAUCUUUCUUGCGUCCUCGUCGAGUUAACCAGAAGGCAUGCUUCACGGUUGCCGACGCGGGACAGCUGAUGUUGAAGCUUCAGGCUCUUGACGAGACGCUGCGGCUGACGCCUUUCGAAGACCAUCCCAAGCUAGAUCUAGAAAGUAUAGACGUAGCAUCUGGUACAUACGUGAUUGGCUCCGAGGAUCUUUUCCAGGUUGUGAAAGGCAUAUCGUGUGCAGGUCUUAUUCCUGACGUCUACAUCGAGGCGUACCGCACCAUGCUGCAGCGGCGGCCAUAUCUGAACCAUUUCAGAAAAUCCGAUAUAAACAAAGGCUACGAUCCAACCUUCUCUGAAGUACGGCGCAUUCUGGCCGACAUAGAUGCGUUGUGUGGUACAGAGCUCUACGGCUACAUCCAGAAACUCGACCGAGAUGUAAAGCCCUUCGCAUUCCUGCGAUUACCAGCUGAGCUCCGCCUACAAGUAUACUCACACCUCCUGCCUCGCGAAGCCCACAUUGCCCUUCUAUAUACGCCGCACCGCAAUCACCAACUUUCUCGCCUGAAUUUAGACAUACUGCGCGUCAGCCACCAGCUAUACGAUGAAUGCGUAAAGUACUUUUACGAAAACCGCACGCUGUGGAUGAUGGCGGGGCGAGACCAGACCGGAACCUUGACCGACGAGUAUGUGGGGCGUGCCUACGAAACACUAGCCGUGAUGAACACGCAAACACGACUCCUUUUUAAGAGGCUAGAAAUUAUGGUUCAGGUUUGGCUUCUGCCGCCUGCCAAUAUUCCUGCGUCGAGGAGGCAUUACGGCAUCCCUCCGGUCAGCGAGCCUAUGCGCCAGAUCUUUGCCCUGCUUCCCAAUCUCGAGACAGUCCUCUUCUCCUUCAACCCUGUUAAGAACUCAAUGUUCGAGCGCGGUAUGCCUCGAGUCUACCGCAUGCGAGAAGACAUUCUGCUGUGGGUGCUCGACUCGAUGCCUGAGCCGGCGCCGCGCAUACAGUGGGACAUUUCGCGGUCGUCGCCAUUCUGGAACGACGAGCACGAGCGGGUGUUGAGACCGAAGUUAGAGGAGCGGACUGGCAUGGAAAUGGGCGAGAGCGUUCUCUCGAGACUUGGAUGUUUAAAGUAGACAGCGGGGACGCCAGAAGGUUCUGCAUGGCCAACGCGACGGGAAAUGUAUGUAGCCAGUAAGAGGGGU